GUAGCUCUGUCAAUCCUUGGAUUAGAACCAAUGAUUGCAGCUUGUAGGAGGGCUGUCCAGGGCCAGAUUGUACGAUGUGUCUCAGUGCCAGAGUAUGAGUAGAGAUAAUUACUGAGAAGUCACACUCUCUCACACCCUCGGCUUUCUUGUGUCCUUCAAGCAAAACAGUGGAUUUAAAUCUCCUUCCAACAGCUUGAGAGCAACGCAAUCUGUCAGGAAAGACAGAAAGAAAAAACCGAACCUGACAAGAAAGAAGAAAAAGAAGAAGAAGAAGAAAAAAAAAUCAUGAAAACCAUCCAGGCAAAAAUGCACAAUUCUAUCUCUUGGGCAAUCUUCACGGGGCUGGCGGCUCUGUUUCUCUUUCAAGGAGUGCCCGUGCGCAGCGGAGAUGCCACCUUCCCCAAAGCCAUGGACAACGUGACGGUCCGGCAGGGGGAGAGCGCCACCCUCAGGUGCACAAUUGAUAACCGGGUUACCCGGGUGGCCUGGCUAAACCGCAGCACCAUCCUCUACGCCGGGAAUGACAAGUGGUGCCUGGACCCACGCGUGGUCCUCCUGAGCAACACCCAAACCCAGUACAGCAUCGAGAUCCAGAAUGUGGAUGUGUACGACGAGGGCCCGUACACCUGCUCUGUGCAGACGGACAACCACCCGAAGACCUCGAGGGUCCACCUCAUUGUGCAAGUAUCUCCUAAAAUUGUGGAGAUUUCUUCAGAUAUCUCCAUCAAUGAAGGGAACAAUAUCAGCCUCACCUGCAUAGCAACGGGUAGACCAGAGCCUACGGUUACCUGGAGACACAUCUCCCCAAAAGCUGUGGGCUUUGUGAGUGAAGACGAAUACCUGGAAAUCCAGGGCAUCACGCGGGAGCAGUCGGGAGACUACGAGUGCAGCGCCUCCAAUGACGUGGCUGCACCAGUGGUCCGGAGAGUAAAGGUCACCGUGAACUAUCCACCAUACAUUUCAGAAGCUAAGGGGACAGGGGUCCCUGUGGGACAGAAGGGAACACUGCAGUGUGAGGCCUCAGCUGUUCCCUCCGCAGAAUUCCAGUGGUACAAGGAUGACAAAAGACUGGUUGAAGGAAAGAAGGGAGUCAAAGUGGAAAACAGACCUUUUCUCUCAAAACUCAUCUUCUUCAAUGUCUCUGAGCACGACUAUGGGAACUACACCUGUGUGGCCUCCAAUAAGUUGGGCCACACCAAUGCCAGCAUCACACUAUUUGAACUAAAUGAGCCUACAAGCUCAACUUUGUUGCAAGAAGUGAAAACUACAGCUCUGACCCCUUGGAAAGGCCCAGGCGCAGUCAGCGAAGUGAAUAACGGGACGUCGCGGAGGGCAGGCUGCAUCUGGCUGCUACCUCUCCUGGUCUUGCACCUACUCCUCAAGUUUUGAUGCGAGCGCCACGUCCCCCCCGGGAGAAGCUGCUGCCACAGCAACCACCCACCCCACAGCAACGGCAACUCCGACAGCGACCAGAGCACCCCCGUUCCUUAUGAGCUAGAAUCCAACGAAAUUCCAAGAAACAGCCUAAUGGGACACAAAUUCGAGGGAGGGGAACAAAGAACACUUUGGGAAAACACGUUUUCAAAGGGAAAUUGAAAAUCCGGCUCGCAGGCCUUGCAGAUCCGUAGGCACAGCUGAGUUUUCUUUCUCUGCCCCAACGGAAGGAAGGCACACCGGCCUUUGGACCAACCCACAGCUGCAUCGUGACCUGUUUGUGACCAGGGUGGGCCGGGCUCAGCCACUCUGCCCCUUACCAUGCCCCCAGCAAGGAAAAUUCUGGAGCAGGCCAUCCCAAAUUCAAUAGAGACGAACAGAGUGAGUCGUGCAGGCCCAGAUGUGCCACUGUGGCUCCUUUCAGAGACUGUGCCACUGUUGUGUGUGUGACAAAGUGCAAAAUUCAAGGAAAAAAAAAAUAAAGAAAAAGGAAACUAAACAAGACAGCCUGACAGCUACAACAAUCCCACAAUCAACAAUCACAAAAAGAUAUCGUUAAACCUUCUUUUUUUUUUUUUUUUUUUUUGGGGUUUUCGUUUUACUACAUGGACACCAUGGAUUAAAUAAGGGAUUCUGGUUCAUUAUUAAUUUUAUUAAUUAUAUUUUCUGAUAUGAGUCUAGAAUUUAGUGCAAAAACAAGACGAGACUAAAAAAAAAUACACAAAUGAAAGGGGUGAAGAGAAGUAUGAUUGUUAAACAUUAAAGAUAGUGUACUUCUUAACUAGGUUUACAACUGGUGGACCACACACCGGGCAUUAACCACCCGGUGAGGAUAUGUCAAAUCCACCAAAAAAACACAUACGAUUUAACCAACAUCUCCACCAGCGCUACAGAUUUCUCCUUAUUCUGGCAUUUAAUGCAGACAAUACUAUGCUUCUACCUGCUGUUUAGAAAUGGAAGGGUGAUCCGCACUGUAUCCUGAGUUUGUUGGCUAUGCUUCUUUUGAUGGCAUAUAUUAUACAGUAUAUAUAUACAUAUAUUUUUUUUGUUAGAGUUCUAGCCAUUUUAUUUCUCAGCAGGGUCCUUUCUCAGACAUUACUGCAUGCUGUAUAUGGCGUUAGCUGUGUGUUGAUCUUCUAAAAGAUGAUAGAGUUUACUG